GUCUGACCCUCAUUUUGAUAAUGGGGCAACACAAAUAUGGAGUGAGGAACUAUUGACACUGGUAAUAAUAAAUGUUAAGAUUAUUAGUGUGUGUGACAACUGACAAGACUCCAUAUAUUCAUAGUUAUGGCUCUAGUAAUCCAACCAUAUACUCGCACUACUCCUCCUAAACCUUUGAUUGAAUUUUCUGGAAUUGUAAAUCAUCAUCUAAAGCUUCAACCCAGUAUUUCAUGGCGUCGUCAACCUAAAGCUUCAUGGCAAGAGGUUGCAGGUGUAUUGGUUUUCUCAGCAAUUCCUUUUACGGCAGUCAAAGCCUUUGCCAACAGUCCUUUUGCUGUUACUCUCCAGAAACGUCUUUUACAGCAGAAAUUAUCUGCUGCCGAAGAAUCUAUUCAGCGCAAUAGGCUUGCUCAAUUGGCGCGCAAUCGCAGUCGUUGGUAUGGAGGAGAACGACCGCGAUGGCUUGGUCCAAUACCUUUUGAAUAUCCGUCGUAUCUAACUGGACAACUUCCUGGAGAUUAUGGUUUUGAUCUUGCUGGUCUUGGGAAGGAUCCUGAUGCUUUGUUAAGAUAUUACAACUUUGAGAUACUCCAUGCUCGCUGGGCUAUGCUUGGGGCUCUUGGUGCUCUGAUUCCAGAAAUACUGGAUCUUAGUGGAGCUUCUCACUUUGCUGAACCUGUCUGGUGGAGAGUUGGUUACUCAAAACUUAUGGGAGAGACACUUGACUAUCUUGGCAUUCCAGGACUCCACUUAGCAGGCAGUCAAGGAGUAAUUGUAAUCGCGAUAUGCCAAGUCCUUCUUAUGGUCGGACCAGAGUAUGCACGAUAUUGUGGAAUUGAAGCCUUGGAACCCUUGGGAAUUUUCUUACCUGGUGAUAUAAAUUAUCCAGGAGGAGUACUUUUCGACCCCUUAAAUCUAAGUAAAGAUCCUGUUGCUUUUGAGGAGCUUAAAGUGAAAGAGAUGAAGAAUGGCCGAUUGGCGAUGGUUGCUUGGUUAGGCUUCUUUAUUCAAGCGGCUGUGACUGGUAAAGGACCUAUAGAGAACCUUGUUGAGCACAUCUCCGAUCCAUUGCACAAUAACCUGAUCUCGCUGUUUAUGUAAUGUUUGGCGUCUGUAUAGUGUAAUUUUUGUAUGUACAUGUAAAUCACAUACUUCCUAUCUCAAGAAACAAGGGACCAAUUGUUUUCUGCUACAGUACAGGCUGCUGAGUAGUUCAACGUAUGUGUUGAAUUUUUGCUUGAAUGAGCAAAGAAAGAUGAUUGUCCUUUUAGCAGAAGCCUGGGUCAUACAACCUAUUGAUUUGGUUUGGCUGAGUAAGACUGGAUUUGGGAGUCGUGUUCGUGCAAAAGAUGCACAAGCUUGCUGCUAUUUGCGUAGUUGGGGAGUUAAUUUCCAUCACACCUGUUCUUUGAGCUCGUCAUAACUAUGGGUGGCAUGAAGCACGAGUUAAUUUGAUGUGUAUCAAGGGGCAGAAGAAUUAAAAUAGCUUGUUCGUGAGCAAUUCAAAGUGUGAAUAUAUCAUCAUAGCUUAUGUUUGAGCUAUCCUCAGCAAGUUAGCAUGUACAAUUUGUAUUGUCAAUACAUUAUACAUAGAACGACACAUAUUGGAGAUGAUUAUUUUAGAAGUAUUCAGAGUUGCAUAUAAACUCUGCAUAUUUUGAAUCAAGGAUUUGAAUUUUAAUCGAAUAUUAAAAAAUACAUUUCUAUA